AUGGAUUACUCCCCAUUCAGCGGCGCUCCCCGCUUCCUGACCCGGCCCAAGGCCUUCCUGGUGUCGGUGGGCAAGGAUGCCACGCUGAGCUGCCAGAUCGUGGGCAACCCUGUGCCACAGGUGAGCUGGGAGAAGGACCAGCAGCCGGUGGAGGCAGGCGCGCGCUUCCGCCUGGCCCAGGACGGCGACCAGUACCGCCUCACCAUCCUGGAUCUCACGCUCAGCGACAGCGGGCAGUACGUGUGCCGUGCGCGCAACGCCAUCGGCGAGGCCUUCGCCGCCGUCAGCCUGCAGGUGGGCACCGACACUACGCUGGCCGAGCAAGCGCCGCACUUCCUACUGCGGCCAACUUCUAUCCGCGUGAGCGAGGGCGCCGAUGCCACAUUUCGCUGCCGCGUGCAGGGUAGCCCGACGCCAGCUGUGAGCUGGGCCAAGGACGGGCGCCGCCUAGGUGAGCCCUCAGCACCUGACGCCCACCGAGUGCAAGUGGAGGCUCACGGUGAGGCGAGUUCUCUACGCAUCCGUGCUGCGCGGCCCCGCGACGGUGGCACUUACACGGUGCACGCAGAGAACCCCCUGGGCGCCGCCAGCGCCAGCGCCGCCCUUGUGGUGGAUACAGGCGCGCCAGGCCCUCCAGCGGGUUCCACAGCCGCGCUGCUGGAGCAUCUGCAGCGGCGGCGGGAGGAGAUGCGCCUCGAGGGCCCGCGGACGCCCCCCGGCAGCGGCACCCGCACGUGCACCGUGACUGAAGGCAAGCACGCGCGGCUUAGCUGCUACGUGACCGGGGAGCCGAAGCCAGAGACAGUGUGGAAGAAGGACGGGCAAUUGGUGGUGGAGGGCCGGAGGCAUAUGGUGUAUGAGGACGCGCAGGAGAACUUCGUACUGAAGAUCCUGUUCUGCAAGCAGGAAGACCGGGGCCUCUACACCUGCACUGCCUCCAACCUAGUGGGCCAGACCUACAGCUCCGUGCUGGUCGUGGUGCGAGAGCCUGCUGUGCCCUUUAAGAAGCGCCUGGAGGACCUGGAAGUGCAGGAGAAGGAGUCAGCCACAUUCCAGUGUGAGGUACCACUGCCUGCCACUGAGGCUGCCUGGUACAAGGAAGAGACGCGGCUGUGGGCCAGUGCCAAGUAUGGCAUCGAAGAGGAAGGCACUGAGCGCCGGCUGACUGUGCGCAAUGUCACAGCUGAUGAUGAUGCAGUCUACAUCUGUGAGACUAUGGAAGGCAGCCGCACGGUAGCCGAGCUCUCUGUCCAAGGCAACCUCACUAGAAAGCUCCCUCGGAAAACAAGAGUGCGUGUAGGGGACACAGCCAUAUUUUGUGUGGAGUUGGCCAGCCCAGAGGGCCCGGUUCACUGGCUGUGGAACCAGGAGGAGGUGGUGGCUGGAGAUCGAGUGACCAUCACUGCUGAAGGCACGUGCCACACACUGACCAUCUCCCAGUGCAGCCUGGAGGAUGCAGGUGAGGUAGCCUUCACGGCUGGGGACUGCCGAACGUCCACCCAGUUCUUCGUGGCAGCUCCCAGGAAGCCGCCUGUGUAUCCACCUUCCAACCCUGUGGUGAAGGCCAAGACAGAGGGUUCUGUGACCCUUGGCUGGUCACCACCUGUUUGGGACCAGCUUGUCACCAUCGAUGGAUACCUGGUGGAGAAGAGGAGACUCGGUACCUAUGCGUGGAGCCGAUGCCAUGAGACUGAGUGGGUGUCCACACCUGAGCUGACUGUGGCUGGCGUGGCAGAAGAGGGUGACUUUCAGUUCCGGGUGUCAGCUGUGAACAGCUUUGGCCAGAGUCCCUCCCUCGAGUUCCCGGGGACAGUCCACCUGGUCCCCCAGCUGGCUGUGAAGACACCACUGAAAGCAGUGGAGGCUGUGGAAGGUGGAGAGGUGACCUUCUCCGUGGACCUCACGGUGGCCUCAGCAGGCGAGUGGUUCCUGAAUGGGCAAGCCCUGCAGGCUAGCAGCAUGUACGUGAUCCGCUGUGACCGCACCCACCACACACUUACCAUCCGCACUGUGCCCGCCAGCUUGCAUGGCGCCGAGCUCAAGUUCGUGGCCAACGGCAUCGAGAGCAGCAUCCGAAUGGUGGUCCGAGCGGCCCCAGGGUUGAUUGGUGAUAAGCUGCCUGUGGCCACGGCCCAGAAGGUAUGGGCACGGCUGCAUGAGGAGGCCCAGUUGCUGGCUGAGCUGUCAGACCAGGCAGCGGCUGUGACGUGGCUGAAGGAUGGCCGUGCAUUGCCACCAGGCCCCAAGUAUGAGGUGCAGUCAUCAGCCGGGCAGCGGGUCCUUCUUGUGAGGGAUGUGGCUCGUGAUGAUGCUGGCCUCUACGAGUGCCUCAGCCAUGGGGACCGCAUUGCCUACCAGCUCUCUGUGCAAGGUCUCACCAACUUUCUGCACAAGGAACCAGCAGGUGGCCGUGUAGAGGUGGUGGCUGGCAGCCAAGCUAAGUUUGAAUGUGAGACCUCAGAGGCUCAUGUGAGCGUGCGCUGGUACAAGGAUGGUGCUGAACUUAGUGGCUCCUCCCAGCACUUUUCAAGGGAGGAUGUAGGGACGUGGCACCGCUUGGUAGCAACUGCAGUCACCAGGCAGGAUGAGGGCACCUACACCUGUCGUGCAGGCGAGGACUCUGUGGAGUUUCACCUCCGGGUCUCAGAGCCUACGGCGGUGUUUUCCAAGGAGCAGCCAGCACAGAAUGAGAUACAGGCCGAGGUGGGGACAAGUGCCACACUGAGCUGUGAGGUGGCCCAGCCCCAGAUGGAGGUGGCAUGGUACAAGAACGGGAAGAAGCUGAGUGCGAGCUCAAGGAUACGCAUGGAGGCCACAGGCUGUGGGCGGCAGCUGGUGGUGCAGCAGGCAAGCAAGGCAGACUCUGGAAAGUACAGCUGUGAGGCCAGGGGCCAGAAAGUGUCCUUCCGCCUGGAUGUCACAGAGCCCAAGGUGGUGUUUGCCAAGGAGCAGUUGGCACGGAGUGAUGUGCGGGCUGAGGCAGGGGCCAGUGCUACGUUGAGCUGUGAGGUAGCUCAGUCACAGACGGAAGUGGUAUGGUACAAGGAUGGGAAGAAACUGAGUGCAAGCUCAAAGUUGCACAUGGAGGCCACAGGCCGUGAGCGGCGGCUGGUGGUGCAGCAGGCGAACAAGGCAGACUCCGGGGAGUACAGCUGUGAAGCUGGAGGCCAGAAGGUCUCCUUCUGCUUGGAUGUGACAGAAUCUGAGGUGGUGUUUGCCAAGAAGCAGCCAGCACGGAAUGAAGUGCAGAUUGAAGCAGGGGCUAAUGCCACAUUGAGCUGUGAGGUGGCCAAGGCCCAGACGGAGGUGGCAUGGUACAAGGAUGGGAAGAAACUGAGUGCAAGCUCAAGGGUGCACGUGGAGGCCACAGGCCGUGGGCGGCGGCUGGUGUUGCAGCAGGCUGGCAAGGCAGAUGCAGGGGAGUACAGCUGUGAGGCUGGGGGUCAGAAGGUCUUCUUUCACCUGGAUGUCACAGAGCCUGUGAUGGUUUUUGCCAAGGAGCAACCAGCACGGAGUGAGGUGCAGGCUGAGGCAGGAGCCAGUGCCACGCUGAGUUGUGAGGUGGCCCAGGCCCAGACGGAGGUGGCGUGGUACAAGGACGGGAAGAAGCUGAGUGCGAGCUCGAGGGUGCGCGUGGAAGCCACAGGCCGUGGACGGCGGCUGGUGGUGCAGCAGGCGGGCAAGGCGGAUGCUGGGGAGUACAGCUGUGAGGCCGGGGGCCAGAAGGUCUCCUUCCGCCUGGAUGUUACAGAGCCCAUGGUGGUGUUUGCCAAGGAGCAGCCAGCACAGAGUGAGGUGCAGGCCGAGGCAGGGACCAGUGCCAUGCUGAGCUGUGAGGUGGCCCAGGCCCACACGGAAGUUGCAUGGUACAAGGAUCAGAAGAAGCUGAGUGCAAGCCAGAAGAUGCGCAUGGAGGCCACAGGCUGUGGGCGGCGGCUCGUUGUGCAGCAGGCGAGCAAGGCAGAUGCUGGGGAGUACACCUGUGAGGCCGGAGGCCAGAAGGUUUCCUUCCGCCUGAAUGUCACAGAGCCUGUAGUGGUAUUUGCCAAGGAGCAACCAGUACAGAGUGAGGUACGAGCUGAGGCGGGAGCCAGCGCCACACUGAGUUGUGAGGUAGCCCAGGCCAAGACGGAGGUGGCAUGGUACAAGGAUGGGAAGAAGCUGAGUGCAAGCUCAAGGGUGCGCGUGGAGGCCACAGGCCGUGGACGGCGGCUGGUGGUGCAGCAGGCGGGCAAGGCGGAUGCUGGGGAGUACAGCUGUGAGGCCGGGGGCCAGAAGGUCUCCUUCCGCCUGGAUGUUACAGAGCCCAUGGUGGUGUUUGCUAAGGAGCAGCCAGCACAGAGUGAGGUGCAGGCCGAGGCAGGGACCAGUGCCAUGCUGAGCUGUGAGGUGGCCCAGGCCCACACGGAAGUUGCAUGGUACAAGGAUCAGAAGAAGCUGAGUGCAAGCCAGAAGAUGCGCAUGGAGGCCACAGGCUGUGGGCGGUGGCUCGUUGUGCAGCAGGCGAGCAAGGCAGAUGCUGGGGAGUACACCUGUGAGGCCGGAGGCCAGAAGGUUUCCUUCCGCCUGAAUGUCACAGAGCCUGUGGUGGUGUUUGCCAAGGAGCAACCAGCACGGAAUGAGGUGCGGGCUGAGGCGGGAGCCAGUGCCACACUGAGCUGUGAGGUGGCCCAGGCCCACACGGAGGUGGCAUGGUACAAGGAUGGGAAGAAGCUGAGUGCGAGCUCAAGGGUGCGCGUGGAAGCUACAGGCCGUGGACGGCGGCUGGUGGUGCAGCAGGCGGGCAAGGCGGAUGCUGGGGAGUACAGCUGUGAGGCCGGGGGCCAGAAGGUCUCCUUCCGCCUGGAUGUUACAGAGCCCGUAGCAGUGUUUGCCAAGGAACAGCUGGCACAGAGUGAGGUACAGGCUGAAGCGGGGACCAGCACCACUCUGAGCUGUGAGGUGGCCCAAGAUCAGACAGAGGUGGUGUGGUACAAAGAUGGGAAGAAGCUAAGUGCGAGCUCCAGGAUGCGCAUGGAGGCCACAGGCUGCAGGCGGCAUCUUGUUGUGCAGCAGGCGAGCAAGGCAGAUGCUGGGGAGUACAUCUGUGAGGCCGGAGGCCAGAAGGUUUCCUUCCGCCUGGCUGUCACAGAGCCCAUGGCGGUGUUUGCCAAGGAACAGCCAGCACAUAGCAAAGUGCAGGCCGAGGCUGGGUCCCCCGCCACGCUGAGCUGUGAAGUGGCCAAGGCCCAGACGGAGGUUGCUUGGUACAAGGAUGGGAAGAAGCUGAGUGCAAGCUCGAAGAUGCGUAUGGAGGCCACUGGCUGUGGGCGGCAGCUGGUGGUGCAGCAGGCAGGCAAGGCAGAUGCUGGAGAGUACAGCUGUGAGGCCGGGGGCCAGAAGGUCUCCUUCUACCUGGAUGUCACAGAGCCCAAAGCGGUGUUUGCCAAAGAGCAGCCAGCACGGAAUGAGGUGCAGGCCGAGGCAGGGGCCAGCGCCACGCUGAGCUGUGAGGUGGCCAAGGCCCAGACGGAGGUGGUGUGGUACAAGAACGGGAAGAAACUGAGUGCCAGCUCAAGGGUGCAUGUGGAGGCUGCAGGCCGGCGGCGGCAACUGGUGAUACAACAGGCAGGCAAGGCAGAUGCUGGGGAGUACAUGUGUGAGGCUGGGGGCCAGAAGGUCUCUUUCCACCUGGACGUCAAAGAGCCCAUGGUGGUGUUUGCCAAGGAACAGCUGGUACAGAGCAAGGUGCAGGCAGAAGUGGGAGCCAGUGCCACACUGAGCUGCGAGGUGGCCCAGGCCCAGACAGAGGUGGUGUGGUACAAGGACGGGAAGAAGCUGGGUGCGAGCUCGAAGGUGCAUGUGGAGGCCACAGGCUGUCGACGGCGGCUGGUAGUACAGCAAGCGGGCAAGGCAGAUGCUGGGGAGUACAGCUGUGAGGCCGGGGGCCAGAAAGUCUCCUUCCACUUGGAUGUCACAGAACCCAUGGUGGUGUUUGCCAAAGAGCAGCCGGCACAGAGUGAGGUGCGGGCCGAGGUGGGGGCCAGUGCCACACUGAGCUGUGAGGUGGCCCAGGCCCAGACGGAGGUGGCAUGGUACAAGGACGGGAAGAAGCUGAGUGCAAGCUCAAGGGUACACGUAGAGGCCACAGGGCGUGGACGGCGGCUGGUGGUGCAGCAGGCGAGCAAGGUGGAUGCUGGGGAGUACAGCUGUGAGGCCGGGGGCCAGAAGGUCUCCUUCCGCUUGGAUGUCACAGAGCCUGAGCCUAGAGCCCUUGAGAAACCUGGCCACAGGGAACCUCUGAUAGUCAAGGAGCACGAGGACAUCGUCCUGACUGCAAUGUUGGCCGCUCCCUCUGUGGCUGCUGUGGCGUGGUUCAAAGAUGGUGUGGAGAUUCGCCGCAGCAAGCGUCAGGAGAUUGUCAGUCUGGGGGACACCCACACACUGACGGUGCAUGGUGCCCAGACCCUGGACAGUGCCAUAUACAGCUGCCGUGUGGGCGACCGGCGACAGGACUUCCCUGUCCAGGUGGAAGAGGUGGGCUCCCGGUUCUCCCGGGCCCUGGAGCCAGUGAGUGGAGAGCUGGGUGGCACCGUUGUGCUGGCCUGUGAGCUGAGCCCAGAGCAGGCUGAGGUGGUGUGGCGCUGCGGGAGCACACAGCUGAGGGCCGGCAAGCAUUUCCGGAUGGAGGCCGUGGGGCCUAUGCGCACCCUCACCAUCAGCGGCCUGCGGGCAGAGGAUGCGGGGGAGUAUGUGUGUGAGAGCCGAGAUGACAGCACCCGGGCCUGCCUCUCGGUCCUAGUUCCCCGUGUGGUGAAGUUUACAUCUGGGCUGAGCAACGUGGUCGCAGAGGAGGGUCAGGAGGCCAUUUUCCAGUGUGUGGUGUCCCCCAGUGAUGCUGCAGUCACAUGGUACUGGGAUGACACCCUGGUGAAGCCCAGUGAGAAGUUUCUUAUAUCACAGAGUGGUGCCAGCCAUAGCCUGACCAUCUCUGGCCUGGCCUUAGAGGACGCAGGCCAGAUCAAGGCAGAGGCUGAGGGUGUGACCUCCAUGGCAGCUCUCAGGGUCCGAGAGGCCCCUGUGUUAUUCAAAAAGAAGCUGGAGCCACAGACAGUAGAGGAAUGGGGCUCGGUGACAAUGGAGGUGGAGCUGUCGCGGCCAUGGCCAGCUGUCAAGUGGACACGGAAUGCGGCUGCCAUAGUGCCUGGUGAAAAUGUGCAUAUCCACGCAGAAGGCACACACCACCGUCUGGUUCUGCACAAUGUUGGCUUCUCCGACCGUGGCUUCUUUGGCUGUGAGACACCUGAUGACAAGACACAGGCGAAGCUCAAUGUGGAGAUGCGUCAGGUCCGACUGGUGCGCGGCCUACAGACGGUGGAGGCUCAGGAGCAGAGCAAGGUCACCAUGGAGGUGGAGUUGUCACAUGCAGAUGUGGAAGGCAGCUGGACACGUGAUGGGCUUCGGCUCCAGCCAGGGCCCUUGUGCAGCCUGGCUGUGAGCGGCCCCACCCACACCCUCAUACUCUCUGGGCUACGGCCGGAGGACAGUGGUCUUAUUGCCUUCAAGGCUGAGGGUGUGCACACAUCUGCAAGGCUCCUUGUUACUGAGCUGCCUGUGAAGUUCAGCCGCCCACUACAGGAUGUGGUAGCCACAGAGAAGGAAAAGGUGACCCUGGAGUGUGAGCUGUCACGCCCCAAUGCCAAUGUGCGCUGGCUAAAGGAUGGAGAGGAGCUGCGGGUGGGCAGGAGCAUUGGCAUCACAGCCCAGGGAGCCUGCAGGAGCCUCAUUAUUUACCGGUGUGAAUUCGGGGACCAGGGUGUCUACGUGUGUGAUGCCCAUGAUGCCCAGAGUUCUGCCUCCCUGAAGGUGCAAGGUCGUGAUAUCCAGAUUGUGAGGCCACUGGAGGAUGUGGAGGUGAUGGAAAAGGAGGGUGCUACCUUCUCCUGUGAGGUAUCCCAUGACGAGGUGCCUGCCCAGUGGUUCCGGGAGGGCAGUAAGCUGCGGCCCAGUGAUAAUGUGCGCAUCCGUCAGGAAGGAAGAACGUACACCCUGAUCUAUCGGAGAGUUUUGGCAGAAGAUGCAGGUGAAAUCAGAUUUGUAGCUGAAAAUGCAGAAUCACGAGCCCAGCUCCGGGUGAAAGAGUUGCCUGUUACCAUCCUACGCCCCUUGCGGGAUAAGAUUGCCAUGGAGCGGCAUCGGGGUGUGCUGGAGUGCCAGGUGUCGCGAGCCAGUGCACAGGUGUGCUGGUUCAAAGGCAAUGUGGAGCUGCAGCCUGGGCCCAAGUACGAGAUAGUCAGUGAUGGGCUAUACCGAAAGCUGAUCAUUGCCAAUGCCCAGCCUGAGGACGAGGACACCUACACCUGUGAUGCCGGUGAUGCCAAGACCACUGCUCAGUUCUUUGUGGAAGAGCAAUCCAUCGCCAUCAUCCGGGGCCUGCAGGACAUGACUGUGAUAGAGCCUGCCCCUGCCUGGUUCGAGUGUGAGACCUCCAUCCCCUCCGUGCGGCCACCCAAGUGGCUCCUGGGCAAGAAAGCAUUGCAGGCUGGGGCAGAUGUGGGCCUGGAACAGGAGGGCACUGUGCACCGCCUGGUGCUUCGACGCACCUGCUCCUCCAUGACUGGGCCUGUGCACUUCACCAUCGGCAAGGCCCGCUCCUCUGCCCACCUUGUCGUCUCAGAUGUCCCUGUGGUGUUGACACGGCCAUUGGAGCCCAAGACUGGGCGGGAGCUGCAGUCAGUGGUGCUGUCCUGUGACUUCCGGCCGCCUCCAAAGGCUGUGCAGUGGUACAAGGAUGCCACGCCCAUAGUGCCUUCCGACAAGUUUAAGAUGACGCUUGAGGGCCAUAUGGCAGAACUACGUGUCCUGCGGCUCACUCCAGCUGAUGCCGGCGUCUACCAGUGCCAAGCAGGCACUGCGCAGAGCAGCACUGUGGUCACUGUGGAGGCACGGGAGGUGACAGUGACACAGCCCCUGCAGGAUGUGGAGGUCACAGAGGAGGGCUGCGCCUGCUUCUCAUGUGAGCUGUCUCACGAGGAUGAGGAGGUGGAGUGGUCGCUCAGUGGGACACCCCUUUAUAAUGACAGCUUCCACGAGAUCUCCCAUAAGGGCUGUCGCCACACGCUGGUGCUAAAGCGUGUUCGUCGGGAAGAUGCAGGCACUGUGUGCCUUACCUCCAACAAAGUCACCUCUUCCGCCCGCUUGGAGGUUAGAGCAAAGCCCGUGGUCUUCCUGAAGGCAUUGGAUGAUGUGACAGUGGAGGAGCGGGGCACACUGACCCUGCAGUGCGAGAUCUCAGACCCUGAGGCCCAUGUAGUGUGGCGCAAGGAUGGUGUGGAGCUGGGCCCUGGUGACAAGUAUGACUUUCUGCACACUGGGGCCACACGAGGGCUUGUGGUGCGUAGCCUGAGCCACAGCGAUGCUGGUCUGUACACCUGCCAUGUGGGCACUGAAGAGACUCGCGCCAGGGUCCAAGUGCACGACCUGCAUGUGGGCAUCACCAAGAGGCUCAAGACUGCAGAGGUACUGGAGGGUGAGAGCUGCAGCUUUGAGUGCAUCCUGUCCCAUGAGAACACCAGUGAGCCAGCUGUCUGGACCAUCGGCGGGAGGACGGUGGGCAGCUCUGGUCACUUCCGGGCUGGGCGCCAGGGCCGCAAAUAUACCUUGGUUGUUCGGGAUGCUGUGCUGAGCGACGCGGGAGAGGUGGUGUUCUCUCUGGCAGGCCUCACCUCUAAGGCCUCGCUGGUGGUCAAAGAGAGGCCAGUGAGCAUCACAAAGGCCCUGGAGGACCAGAAGGUGACACUAGGGGAAGACGUGGUGCUGAGCUGUGAGCUGUCCCAAGGUGGCGCCCUGGUACGCUGGCUGAAAGACGGCAAGGCCAUCCGCAAGAGCCAGAAGUAUGACUUGCGCAGCGAGGGCACUCGAGCCCUGCUAGUUGUCCACGCAGCUACACUCAAUGACUCUGGCGAGUACACAUGUGAGGUAGAGGCCUCCAGGAGCACGGCCAGCCUCCAUGUGGAAGAAAAGGUGAACUACUUCACCAAGGAGCUGGCUGAUGUGCACGCGGAAGAGAAGGGCUCAGCCGUGUUUGAGUGUGAGACGGAGCAUCCUGCGACGAUGGUGACCUGGCGUAGGGGCCUGGUGGAGCUGCGUGCCUCAGGCAAACAUGUGCCCAGCCAGGAUGGUAUGGCUUUGAGGCUGACUAUCAAUGCCCUGGAGCGGGCGGACAGUGACUCCUACACCUGUGACAUUGGUCAAGCUCAGUCACAUGCCCGGCUCCUAGUGCAAGGCCAGAGUGUCUGCAUCAUUGAAGACUUGGAGGACCUGGAGGUGCGGGAGGGCUCCUCAGCCACUUUCCGCUGCCGUAUCUCCCCUGCUGAUUAUGAACCUGUCCACUGGUUCUUGGACAAAACCCCCUUGCAUGCCAAUGAGCUCAAUGAAAUUGAGGUCCAGCCUGGGGGCUACCACAUGCUGACCCUGCAGCAGCUUGCACUCAAGGACUCAGGCACUGUCCACUUCGAGGCAGGUGACCAGCGGGCCUCGGCCACACUGCGGGUCACAGAGAAGCCAAGCAUCUUCUUCCGGGAGCUCACUGAUGCCACGGUCCUUGAGGGGGAUGACCUGACUCUUGUUUGUGAGACCACCAUACCUGACAGCCCCGUGAACUGGACCAAGGAUGGGAAAGUUCUUCGGCCCUCAACCCGGUGCCAGCUGACUUAUGAGGGCUGCCAGGCCCAGCUGGUCAUCACAGACACCACUGUGCAGGACAGUGGGCGCUACAAGUGUGAGGCAGGAGGCACCUGGAGCAGCUCCAUUGUCAGGGUCCAAGCACGGCCAGUGCGGUUCCGGGAAGGGCUGAAGGACAUGGAAGUGCUGGAGGGUGGUGCUGCAACGCUGCGCUGUGUACUGUCUUCUGUGGCUGCGCCUGUGCAGUGGCGCUAUGGGGACAAGGUCCUGCGGCCAAGUAGCAAGUAUGGCCUGCGGCAGGAGGGAGCCAUGCUGGAGCUAGUGGUUCGUGACCUGCAGCCCAAGGACAGUGGACAGUACUCGUGCUCCUUUGGGGACCAGACAACCAUGGCCACACUCACUGUGAAGGCCCUGCCUGCCCAGUUCAUAGGAAAGAUGAGAAGCAAGGAGGCCACGGAAGGGGACACGGCCCUGCUGCGGUGUGAGCUAAGCAAGGCAGCCCCUGUGGAGUGGAGGAAGGGCCCAGAGACCCUCAGCACUGGGGGCAGAUACAGUUUGCGGCAGAAUGGGACCACAUGUGAGUUGGAGAUCCGUAGCCUGGCUGUAGCAGAUGCUGGGGACUACUCAUGUGUGUGUGGGCAGGAGAAGACCUCAGCAACACUGACUGUGAGAGCCCAGCCUGCCCAGUUCAUAGGAAGACUGAGAAGCAAGGAGGCCACAGAAGGGACCACAGCCACUCUGUGGUGUGAGCUGAACAGAGUGGCCACUGUGCAGUGGAAGAAGGGCCCUGAGACCCUCAGUGCUGGGGACAAAUACAGCCUGAGACAGGAUGGGGCCGUAUGUGAACUGGAGAUCCAUGGCCUGGACAUGGGGGAUGCCGGGGAGUACACAUGUGUGUGUGGGCAGGAAAGGACCUCAGCUACACUGACUGUGAAGGCCCUACCAGCCAGAUUCAGACAAGGUCAAAACAGUGAAGAGGCCAUAGAAGGGGCCACAGCCAUGCUUCAGUAUGAACUGAGCAAGGUGGCCCCUGUGCCAUGGAGGAAGGGCCCUGAGACCAUCAGCACUGGAGACAGAUAUCUCAUCAGACAGGAUGGGGCCACAUGUGAGCUGGAGAUUUGUGGUCUGGCCAUGGUAGACACUGGGAAGUACUUGUACGUGUGUGGGCAAUAGAGAACUUCGGCCACACUGACUGUGAUGGCCUUGCUAGCUAGAUUCGUACAAGGUCUGAAGAGUAAGAAGGCUACAGAAGGGGCCACAGGCAUGCUGCGAUGUGAGUUGAGCAAGAAAACCCCUCUGCAGUGGAGGAAGGGUUCUGAGACCCUCAGCACUGGGGACAGAUACAGACUGAGGCAGGAUAGGACAUGUGAGCUUGAGAUCCAUGACCUGGUCAUAGGGAAUGCCAGGAACUACGCCUGUGCCUGCGGGCAGGAAAGGACCUUGGUCGCACUGUCCGUUUGGCCCUUCCCAGCCAGAUUCAUACAAGGUCUGAAGAAUAAGGAGGACAUGGAAGGGGCCAUAACCACACUGCAUUGUGAGCUGAGCAAGAUGGCCCCUGUGCAGUGGGAAAAGGGCUCUGAAACUCUGAGCACUGGUGACAGAUACAACCUGAGGCAGGAUGGGGCCAUGUGUGAGCUGGAGAUCCAUGGUCUGACUGUGGCAGAUGUUGGAGAGUAUCUGUGUGUAUGUGGGCAGGAGAGGACCUCAGCAAAGCUCUCUGUGAAUGCCCUACCAGCCAGAUUCAUACAAGGUCUGAAGAAUGAGGAGGCCACGGAAGGGGCAACGGCCACAUUGCAUUGUGAGCUGAGCAAGAUGGCCCCCGUGCAGUGGAAGAAGGGCUCUGAGACUCUCAGCACUGGUGUCAGAUACACCCUGAGGCAGGAUGGGGCCACAUGUGAGCUGGAGAUCCGUGACCUGGCUGUGGCAGAUGCUGGAGAGUAUUUGUGUGUAUGUGGACAGGAGAGGACCUCGGCAAAACUCUCUGUGAAGGCCCUGCCCUCCCAAUUCAUACAAUGUCUGAAGAGUGAGGAGGCCACGGAAGGGGCCAUGGUCACACUGCAUUGUAAGCUGAGCAAGAUGGCGACUGUGCAGUGGAGGAAGGGCUCUGAGACCCUCAGCACUGGUGACAGAUACACCCUGAGGCAAGAUGGUGCCACAUGUGAGCUGGAGAUCCGUGACCUGGCUAUGACAGAUGCUGGAGAGUAUUUGUGUGUGUGCGGGCAGGAGAGGACCUCGGGAACACUCACUGUGAAAGCCCUGCCUGCCAGAUUCAUACAAUGUCUGAAGAAUGAGGAGGCCUCAGAAGGGGCCAAAGUCAUCCUUCGGUGUAAGCUGAACAAGAUGGCCCCUGUACAGUGGAAGAAGGGCCCCAAGGCCCUCAUCACUGGGGACAAAUAUACCCUGAGGCAAGAAGGAGCCACCUGUGAGCUGGAGCUCUGUAGCCUGGCCAUAACAGAUGCUGGGGAGUAUUUGUGUAUGUGUGGGCAGGAGAGGACCUCGGCCACACUCACCGUGAAGGCCCUACCUGCCAGAUUCAUACAAGGUCUGAAGAAUGAGGAGGUCACAGAAGGGGCCACAGCCACACUGCAUUGUGAGCUGAGCAAGAUGGCCCCUGUGCAGUGGAAGAAGGGCUCUGAGACCAUCAACACUGGUGGCAGAUACACCCUGAGGCAGGAUGGGGCCACAUGUGAGCUGGAGAUCCGUGACCUGGCUGUGGCAGAUGCUGGAGAGUAUUUGUGUGUAUGUGGACAGGAGAGGACCUCAGCAAAGCUCUCUGUGAAGGCCCUACCUGCCAGAUUCAUACAAGGUCUGAAGAGUGAGGAGGUCACAGAAGGGGCCAUGGUCAUACUGCAUUGUGAGCUGAGCAAGAUGGCCCCUGUGCAGUGGAAGAAGGGCUCUGAGACCCUCAACACUGGUGACAGAUACACCCUGAGGCAGGAUGGGGCCACAUGUGAGCUGGAGAUCCGUGACGUGGCUGUGGCAGAUGCUGGAGAGUAUUUGUGUGUAUGUGGGCAGGAGAGGACCUCGGCAAAGCUCUCUGUGAAGGCCCUUCCAGCCAGGUUCAUACAAGGUCUGAAAAAUGAGGAGGCCACAGAAGGGGCCAAAGCCACACUUUGGUGUAAGCUGAACAAGAUGGCUCCUGUGCAGUGGAAGAAGGGCCCCAAGGCCCUCAGCACUGGGGAAAAAUACACACUGAGGCAGGAAGGAGCCACCUGUGAGCUGGAGAUCUGUAGCCUGGCUAUAACAGAUGCUGGAGAGUAUUUGUGUAUCUGUGGGCAGGAGCGGACCUCAGCCACACUCACCGUGAAGGCCUUGCCAGCCAGAUUCAUACAAGGUCUGAAGAGUGAGGAAGCCAUGGAAGGAGCAGUGGCCACACUGCAUUGUGAACUGAGCAAGAUGGCCCCUGUGCAGUGGAAGAAGGGCUCUGAGACCCUCAGAACUGGUGACAGAUACACCCUGAGACAGAAUGGGGCCAUGUGUGAACUGGAGAUCCGUGACCUGGCUGUGGCAGAUGCUGGAGAGUAUUUGUGUGUGUGCGGGCAGGAGAGGACCUCAGCAAAACUCUCUGUGAAGGCCCUGCCAGCCAGAUUCAUACAAGCUCUGAAGAGUAAGGAGGCCAUGGAAGGGGCCACAGCCACACUGCAGUGUGAGCUGAGCAAGGCAGCCCCUGUGCAUUGGAGAAAGGGCCUCAAGACUCUCAGCCCUGGGGACAGAUACAGUUUCAAGCAGGAUGGGACCACCUGUGAACUGGAGAUCUGUGAUCUGGCCAUGGAGGAUGCUGGGGAGUAUAUGUGUAUAUGUGAGCAGGAGAGGACCUCAGCAAAACUCACUGUGAAGGCCAAACAGGUAGUGUUCAGAACACCGCUGCAGAGCCUGCAGGCUGAGGAGGGUUCCACAGCCAGCCUCCGAUGUGAGCUAUCCAUGCCAGACACCACUGUAAUCUGGAGCAAGGGUGGGCUAGAGCUGCAAGCCAGUGAGAGGCUGGAGCUGCGGAAGCGGGGGCCUGUAGCAGAGCUGCUGCUGCAGGACCUGCAUCGGGAGGAUGCUGGGGAGUACAGCUGCACCUGCAGCUCCCAGAGUACCAGUGCCACCCUCACAGUCACAGCUGCACCUGUGUGGUUCCUGCGGGAGCUGCAGCCCCAGGAGGUGGACGAGGGUGCCACAGCACGGCUGUGCUGUGAGCUGAGCCAGCCAGGAGCCAGUGUGGAGUGGCGCAAGGGCUCCUUGCAGCUCUUCCCCUGUGCCAAGUACCAGAUGGUACAGGAUGGCACAGCUGUUGAACUGCGGGUAUGCAACGCUGAGCAGGAGGAUGCUGGGGACUAUACCUGUGACACAGGGCAGCGGCAGAGCACAGCCAGCCUCUUGAUCCAUGUCCCCAGGCCCCAGUUCAAGGCCCCGCUGCAGAACACGGAGCAAGAGGUGGGUGGUGUGGCCCGGCUGUGCUGUGAGCUGAAUAGGGAUGAGCCAGGGGCUCCCGUGCAAUGGCUCAAGGAAGGUGUAGAACUUCGUGAGGGCCCCAAGUAUGAGAUGCGGCACCAAGGAGCUACAUGUGAGCUGCUGAUCCACGGCCUUGAGGCCAAGGACACGGGCGAGUACACCUGCAUGAUGGGUGGACAGAGAACCUCAGCCUCUGUCAAGGUCAAAGAGCCUGAGGUGACCAUUGUGCGGGGGCUGGUGGAUGCUGAGGUGCAGGCUGAUGAGGACGUGGAGUUCUCCUGUGAGGUGUCGAAGCCCGGGGCCACAGGUGUGGAGUGGCGGCUCCAGGGCCUUCUGCUACAGAGCAAUGAGGUGACUGAGCUGGGCGUGCAGGGAGGCUGUACCCACACGCUGCGUCUGAAGGGCAUCACACCUGAGGAUGCUGGUACUGUCUCCUUCCAUGUGGGCCUCUGCACUUCCUCUGCCCAGCUCACUGUCCGAGCCCCUGAGGUGGUCAUCCUGGAGCCUUUGCAGGACGUGCAGCUCAGCGAGGGCCAGGAUGCCCACUUCUGGUGUCGGCUGUCCAGGGCCCCUGGCCAGGAGGCCCGCUGGGCUCUGGGUGGGGUGCCCUUGCAGGCCAAUGAGAUGAAUGACAUCACAGUACAAGAUGGUGUGCUCCAUGCACUCACUCUGCACAAGGUAACCCUCGAGGAUGCUGGAAGCAUCAGUUUCCAAGUGGGCUUGUGCAGCUCAGAAGCCCAGCUGAAGGUAACAGCCAAGAACACAGUGGUGCGGGGCCUGGAGAAUGUGGAGGCGCUGGAGGGUGGGGAAGCGCUGUUCGAGUGCCAGCUGUCACAGCCAGAGGUGGCCGCCCACACCUGGCUACUGGAUGAUGAGCCAGUUCGCACCUCAGAGAAUGCAGAGGUGGUCUACUUUGAGAAUGGCUUGCGUCACUUGCUCCUGCUCAAAAACCUGAGGCCACAAGACAGCUGCCGAGUCACUUUUCUGGUCGGGGAUAUGGUGACCUCAGCGUUCCUCACUGUCAGAGGCUGGCGCCUGGAGCUCCUGGAGCCCCUGCAGGAUGUGACAGUGCAGGCUGGUGGGCAGGCCACUUUCCGCUGCACGCUCAGUGAGAUAGUACCUGUGGGUGAGGCUUCCUGGUACCUCAAUGGUGCUGCCAUCCUGCCAGAGGACACUGACUGGGUAGUCACUGCUGAUGGCAGCCAUCAUGCCCUGCUGCUGCGAAGCGCCCGGCCCCACCAUGCUGGGGAGGUCACCUUUGCUGCUCGUGAGGCGGUAGCCUCUGCCCGGCUUACUGUGCUGGGUCUCCCUGACCCACCAGAGGAUGCAGAAGUGGUGGGCCGAAGUGGCCACUCUGUAACCCUGUCCUGGGUGGCCCCGGCCAGUGAUGGUGGUGGUGGCCUCUGCGGCUAUCGGGUGGAGAUGAAGACAGCAGCCACAGGAGAAUGGCAGCUGUGUCAUGAGCUGGUACCAGGGCCUGAAUGUGUAGUGGACGGCCUGGCCCCCGGGGAGACAUACCGCUUCCGUGUUGCGGCUGUGGGCCCUGUGGGUGCUGGGGAACCUGUGCACCUGCCCCAGAUGGUGAAGCUUGAGCCCCUGGAGUCUGCACCUGCCCCCUUGCCCCCUGUGAGCCGAGAAGUGGCAGCUGGUGAGGAUGUGCGUUUGGAGUGUGAAGUAGUGGCUGAGGUCAGCAAGGUCAUCUGGCAUAAGGGGACGGAAAGCAUCCAGCCUGGUGGCCGCUUUGAAAUCAUCACACAGGGCCGGCAACAGAUACUGGUCAUCCGAGGCUUCACACCAGAGGACCAGGGCGAGUACUGCUGUGUUCCAGCUUGUGGCCAGGCCCCCACGGCCACUGGCACCUUCCAGGUGAUGUUGACCCCAGGCUCAGAGGGUGAGGCCCCAGCUCAGCCCAGCCUCCCUCCUGAGGCAGCCCAGGAGGGUGACCUACAUCUUCUGUGGGAGGCCUUGGCCCGGAAGCGCCGCAUGAGCCGCGAGCCCACACUGGACUCCAUCAGCGAGCUGCCUGAGGAGGACGGACGCCAUCAGCGCCUGCGGCAGGAGGCAGAGGAGGUGGCCCCCUACCUCUCUGAGGGUUACUCCACAGCUGACGAGCUGGCACGCACUGGUGAGGCUGACCUGUCACACACCAGCUCUGAUGAUGAGUCCAGGGCAGGCACCCCUUCCCUGAUUACCUACCUCAAGAAGGCUGGGCGAUCCAGUGUCCCAACUCCUGCCAGCAAGGCUGUGGCCCCACCUGCCCCCUCUGAGAAACUACAGAAGCCACAGGAGCCACCGGUCAUGGUGCACCCACCACCAGAUGAUCUGAGUGCUGAGGACCUGGGUGACCCAUCCAUGGACAAGGCAGCUGUGAAGAUCCAGGCAGCUUUUAAAGGCUACAAGGUCCGGAAGGAGAUGAAGCAGCAGGAGGGGCCUGUGUUCAGCCAUACAUUUGGGGACACAGAGGCACAGGUGGGGGAUGUCCUGCGCCUAGAGUGUGUGGUAACCAGCAAGGCGGACUUGCGUGCCUGCUGGCUGAAGGAUGGCGUGGAGCUGGCAGAUGGGCGGCACUACCACAUUGACCAGCUCAGUGAUGGCACCUGCUCGCUUUUGGUCACGGGCCUGGAUCACAGUGAUGCAGGCCGCUACACCUGUCAGGUGAGCAACAAGUUUGGCCAUGCAGUCCACAGUGCCUGUGUGGUGGUCAGCGGAACAGAGAGUGAAGCAGAGAGCUCGUCAGGGGGUGAGCUGGAUGAUGCCUUCCGCCGGGCUGCCCGGCGGCUGCACCGGCUUUUCCGCACCAAGGGCCCAGCUGAGGUCUCGGAUGAGGAGCUCUUCUUCAGUGCAGAGGAGGGCAGCACGGAGAUGGAGGAGCCUGGAGACUGGCAGACCUACCGUGAAGAUGAGCACUUUGUCUGCAUUCGUUUUGAGGCCCUUGCUGAGGCCCGCCGUGCUGCUACUUGCUUCCAGGAGAUGUUUGCCACAAUGGGGAUUGGGGUGGAGAUCAACCUCGUGGAGCAAGGGCCCCGUGGGGUGGAGAUGCGCAUUGGCAAGGUGGCCCCACCAGUACCUCCAGCGUCAGUGCCCAGCCUGCUAACCUCAGACACUGCCCCAGUGUUCCUGACUGAGCUGCAGAACCAAGAGGUGCAAGAUGGUUAUCCCGUGAGCUUUGACUGUGUGGUGACAGGCCAACCAGUGCCCAGUGUGCGCUGGUUCAAGGACGGGAAGGUGCUGGAAGAGAAUGACCACUUCAUGAUCAAUGAGGACCAGCAGGGUGGCCACCAGCUCAUUAUCAUGGCUGUGGUGCCAGCAGACAUGGGUGUCUACCGCUGCCUGGCUGAGAACAGCAUGGGUGUCUCCUCCACCAAAGCUGAGCUCCGUGUGGACUUGACAAGCACAGACUACGACACUGCAGCUGAUGCCACGGAGAGCUCAUCCUACUUCAGUGCCCAAGGCUAUGUGUCCAGUCGGGAACAAGAGGGUAUGGAGUCGACUUCAGAGGAAGGGCAGCUGCCUCAAGUAGUGGAGGAGCUGAGAGACCUCCAGGUGGCCCCAGGCACACGCCUGGCCAAGUUCCAGCUCAAGGUGAAAGGCUACCCAACACCUCGCCUGUACUGGUUCAAAGAUGGACAGCCUCUGUCCAUGUCCACCCACAUCCGCAUGACCGAUAAGAAGACAUUGCACACACUGGAGAUCCUCUCAGUUACCAGGGAGGAUGCUGGCCAGUACUCAGCCUACAUCAGCAACACUGUGGGGACAGCCUACUCAUCUGCCCGGCUCCUGGUACGAGGCCUAGAUGAACCAGAAGAGAAGCCAGUGUCAGAUGUGCAGGAACAGCUGGUACCACCCCGAAUACUGGAGAAAUUCACCCCUAAAAAGGUAAAGAAGGGCUCCAGCAUCACCUUCUCAGUGAAGGUUGAAGGCCACCCAGCCCCAGCUGUGCAUUGGCUUCGAGAGGAUGCUGCACAAGGCGUGCUAUGGAUUGGGCCUGCCACACCGGGCUGCAAGGUGGCCAGCUCCGGGCAGCAGCACAGCCUGGUCCUGCUGGAUGUGGACCGGGGGCACCAGGGAACCUAUACCUGCAUUGCCACCAAUGCUGCCGGGCAGGCGCUCUGCUCUGCUGGCCUGCACAUCUCUGGCUUGCCCAAGGAGGCCAAGACAGCAGAGGAACAGGGGGCUGCGAAGGAGGCCCUCAUCUCCACCUUUCUGCAAGGGACUCAAGCCGUCUCCACGCAGCUGUCAGAGUCUGUGGGAUUUACUGACUUGGCAGGGCAGAGGAAAGGAGAGCUGUCUGUGGCUGAGGAAGUCCGCAGCCACCUCUCCCUUGCUGAGGUUGGCACUGAAGAGUUCCUCCAGAAGCUUACCUCCCAGAUCACAGAGAUGGUGUCAGCCAAAAUCACCCAGGCCCGGCUGCAAGUACCUGGAGGUGACAGUGAUGAGGAGUCCAAGACACCGUCCCCAUCGCCCCGGCAUGGCCGCUCGAGGCCCUCCUCCAGCAUCCAGGAGUCCUCCUCAGAGUCGGAGGAUGGCGAUGCCCGUGGUGAGAUCUUUGACAUCUAUGUGGUCACGGCCGACUACCUUCCACUGGGAGCAGAGCAGGAUGCCAUCACGCUGAGAGAGGGCCAGUACGUGGAGGUCCUGGACUCAGCCCACCCACUGCGCUGGCUAGUGCGCACCAAGCCCACCAAGUCUAGUCCCUCACGGCAAGGCUGGGUGUCACCUGCCUACUUGGAUAGGAGGCUCAAGCUUUCGCCUGAGUGGGGGCCCACAGAGGCACCUGAGUUCCCCAGGGAGGCCAUGUCUGAGGAUGAGUACAAGAUGAAACUGAGUUCUGUCAUCCAGGACCUGCUGAACUCAGAGCAGGCCUUUGUUGGCAUGCUGCAGUUUCUGCAGAGCCACCACAUGCAGCACCUGGACCGUUCUCCCCAUGCACCUGCUGCAGUGGCCAGCCAGAAGGCAGUCAUCUUCCGUAACGUGCAGGACAUCAGCCACUUCCACAGCAGCUUCCUGCAGGAGCUGCAGAAAUGUGACACAGAUGAUGACGUGGCCAUGUGCUUCAUCAAGAAUGAGGCAGCUUUUGAGAAAUACCUAGAGUUCCUGGUGGGCCGUGUGCAGGCUGAGUCAGUGGUUGUCAGCACAGCUGUCCAGGAGUUCUACAAGAAAUAUGCUGAGGAAGCGUUGUCUUCAGCAAAUCCCUCGCAGCCCCCGCCUCCACCACUGCAGCACUACCUGGAGCAGCCCAUCAAGCGGAUCCAGCAGUACCAGACCCUCCUCAAGGAUCUGAUCCGCAACAAGGCAAGGAAUAGGCAGAACUGUGCCCUAUUGGAACAGGCCUAUGCAGUGGUGUCAGCUCUGCCCCAGCGUGCUGAGAACAAGCUGCACGUGUCACUCAUGGAGAACUACCCAGGCACCUUGGAGGCCCUGGGCGAGCCCAUCCGGCAGGGCCACUUCAUCGUGUGGGAAGGGGCACCAGGUGCCAGAAUGCCCUGGAAAGGCCACAACCGCCACGUCUUCCUGUUCCGCAAUCACCUGGUGAUCUGUAAGCCCAAGCGAGACUCACGGACUGACACCUUCAGCUACAUCUUCAGGAACAUGAUGAAGCUGAGCAGCAUUGACCUGAACGACCAGGUGGAGGGUGAUGACCGUGCCUUCGAGGUGUGGCAUGAGCGAGAAGACUCAGUGCGCAAGUACUUGCUGCAAGCACGGACAGUCAUCAUUAAGAAUUCGUGGGUGAAGGAGAUCUGUGGCAUCCAGCAGCGCCUCGCCCUGCCCGUCUGGCGUCCCCCAGAUUUUGAAGAGGAGCUGGCAGACUGCACGGCUGAACUGGGAGAGACAGUCAAGCUGGCCUGCCGUGUGACAGGCACACCCAAGCCCAUCGUCAGCUGGUACAAAGAUGGGAAAACAGUGGAGGUGGAUCCUCACCAUAUCUUAAUUGAAGACCCUGAUGGCUCAUGCGCCCUCAUCUUGGACAAUCUUACCGGCAUGGACUCGGGCCAGUACAUGUGCUUUGCAUCGAGUGCUGCCGGCAAUGCCAGCACCUUGGGGAAGAUCCUGGUGCAAGUCCCCCCACGGUUUGUAAACAAAGUCCGCGCCACCCCUUUUGUGGAGGGAGAAGAUGCUCAGUUCACCUGCACCAUCGAAGGAGCCCCACAUCCUCAGAUCAGGUGGUACAAGGAUGGGGCUCUGCUGACCCCUGGCAGCAAGUAUCGGAUGCUCGGUGAACCCCGCAGUGGUAUGCUGGUGCUGGAGAUUCGAGCCGCCAGCAAGGAGGACCUGGGCUACUACGAGUGUGAGCUGGUGAACCGGCUGGGCUCAGCACGUGGUGGUGCAGAGCUAUACAUGCAGAGCCCUGCAGUGCGGGCCCGUGAACAGCGCCAUAGGGAGCACCUCGUUGCUGUGGAAGAAGACACAUCCCUGGAGCGAGCUGACCAGGAGAUCCAGUUGGCCCUGCGGAAACUAGGAGUCCCUGAGGCACCAGGCUCCUCUGCAGGGGGCCAUGGUCCUGGCAGCCCCCUGCUCACAGGCCCCACACCUAAGGGGGAGCCCACACUACAGAAGGCCAGCCUCUCACCCCCAGGCUCAGGAGCCAUGGAUGCAUCUGCAGCCCCACCUGGUGUGGCACAGCCCCUCCCUGGUGUAGGCCUGGAAAAGGAGAUGGCAGCAGGUGCUGAGGCCCAGGAACGGACUAUCCCCAUUAGGAUAGAAGGUGUGGCCUGGCCUGGGGCAGGGGCAGCAGAGCCACUCUGGGACGCCCACAGCCACGUGUUCAUGGAGACCACCCACAGGACCUAUGUGUACCAGGCCAGCGACACUGGUGUCACAAGGCCUCCAUCCAUGCAGGUCACCAUUGAGGACGUGCAGGCACCAAGAGGUGGCAUGGCUCAGUUUCAGGCCAUAAUUGAAGGCACCCCCCAGCCCACAGUGACCUGGUACAAGGACAACACCCUGCUGGAGGACAGUGCCCGGCUUAGCCAGCAGCAAGAUGGGACCACAUAUUCUCUGGUGCUGCGGGAUGUGGCCCAGCACGAUGCUGGCAUCUACACCUGUCUGGCUCGCAAUGCCAGUGGCGAGGUGCUGUGCAAGGCAGAGCUGCUGGUUCUUGGUGGAGAAAGUGAGCCAGAAUCAGAGAGGCAAAGUGGCCGGAGGAAACUGCACUCUUUCUAUGAGGUCCAUGAGGAGAUAGGCAGGGGCGUUUUUGGCUUUGUGAAGAGAGUGCAGCACAAGGGGAACAAGAUGAGUUGCGCUGCCAAGUUCAUCCCCCUGCGAAGUAAGACGCGGGCUCUGGCAUACCGGGAGCGGGACCUUCUUGCCAUGUUGAACCACCCACUCAUCACCAAGCUGCUGGACCAGUUUGAGACCCGGAAGACCUUGAUCCUUGUCAUGGAGCUGUGUUCAUCAGAAGAGCUGCUGGAUCGCCUUUUCAAGAAGAGUGUGGUGACAGAAGCUGAGGUGAAGAUCUACAUCCAGCAGCUGGUGGAGGGGCUGCAGUACCUGCACGCCAGUGGCAUCCUCCACCUGGACAUAAAGCCUGCCAACAUCCUGAUGGUACACCCUGCUCGAGAGGACAUCAAAAUCUGCGACUUUGGCUUUGCUCAAAAAGUCACCCCAUCAGAGCCACAGUACAGCAAGUACGGCUCCCCAGAGUUUGUGCCACCCGAGGUCAUUGAGCAGACUCCUGUGAGCGAGGGUUCUGAUAUCUGGGCCAUGGGAGUCAUCUCCUACCUCAGCCUGACCUGUUCAUCACCAUUUGCGGGUGAGAGUGACCGUGCGACUCUGCUGAAUGUUCAGGAGGGACGGGUGUCAUGGAGCAGCCCUGUGGCUGCCCACCUCAGUGAGGAUGCCAAGGACUUUAUCAAAGCCACCCUGCAGAGGGCUCCACAGGCCCGGCCCAGUGCUUCCCAGUGCCUCGCCCACCCUUGGUUCCAGAAGUCCUUGCCUGCAGAAGAAGCCCACUUCAUCAACACCAAGCAGCUCAAGUUUCUACUGGCUCGGAGCCGCUGGCAGCGUUCCCUAAUGUGCUACAAGUCCAUCCUGGUGAUGCGUUCCAUCCCCGAGCUACUCCAGGGCCCUCCCGACAGCCCAUCCCUUGGAGUCUCCAGGCACCUGCUCCGAGAUGCCAGUGGCUCUUCCAGCAGCUCUUCUUCAGACAACGAGAUUGCCCCAUAUGCCCGGGCCAAGUCUCUGCCACCCUCCCCAGUGACCCACUCCCCACUCCUGCACCCCAGGGGCUUCCUGCGGCCUUCAGCCAGCCUGCCUGAGGAAGCUGAGGUCUGUGUGGCCCCCGCAGCCCCCUCUGCUCCUACAGUGUCACCUGUGUCCCCAGAGGGCCAAGAAGUGGCCGCCGGGGCCCAAGGUGCAGUGCCAAUGGCUGGCCCAGGCUCUGUGCCUCGCCACAGCGUCAUCCGAAGCCUGUUCUACCAGCAGGCGGGGGAAGGCUCCGAGCGUGUGUGCCCGCCCUCAGCCCUGGGCAGCAGGAAGCACCUAGCAAGGGCCCGGCGGCACCUGCUGAAGGGCGGCUACAUUGCAAGGGCGCUGCCUGGCCUGCGUGAGCCCUUGCUGGAGCACCGUGCACUAGAAGAGGAAGCUGCCAGGGAGGAGCAGGCUGCCCUUUUGACCAAAGCACCCUCUUUUGAGACAGCCCUGAGGCUGCCUGGCUCUAUGGCCCGUAUGGCCCCUGGCCGCAGCCACUCCCUGGACCAGGACCGGCCCCGUACCACCAGCCCCUUCCCUGAGGAGCCAGAGAAGUCACCUGAGGCCUGUUCUGAGGGGCAGUGUGCCCACCCAGCAUCUUGGGGACUUGGGGCAGUCUCAGAGGACAAGGGGUCUCUGCAUGGAUCAAAACCACUUCCAUCCAUGGAUGGUGACACAGGUCCAAGCAUCUCCCAGGACAGCUUUCAGAAGCAGGCCAUCCCUUCUUUUCACCUUGACUGGGGUUCUGCCCUCCAGGAGGGUUGUGGACCCCCUGUGGCUGCUGCACCACAACUUACAGGCUCCUGCCCUCCAGGAUCUCAUGCACAGGGCUUACUGGUAUCUGGAAGCCCCUUCCUCUCAGGAAAGCCCCAGGUCUUCCCUUCCCCAGCCCAAGCAAGCCCCUUUUCAGGCUCUAAGGAGAAGCCAGAGCCCAGCCCCCCUUUUUCUAUAGGGCAGGCUUUACAGGAGGACCUGUCCCCCCAGGAGGCUGUGACACCCUCCCCAGUGGACACAGAGCCUGCAGCCUCCUUAGAUGCAGAGGACUUGUCCCAGGAGACUGCUCAGCAUCGGCCUCAGGAGCAGGCAACUACUCGAAAGUUCUCCCUGGGGUACCGUGGAGGCUAUGCAGGAGUGGCAGGCUAUGGAACUUUUGCCUUUGGUGGAGAUGCAGGAGGCAUGCUGGGGCAGGGCCCCCUGUGGGCCAGGAUGGCCUGGGCCCAGUCUCAGUCCUCAGAGGAGCAGGAAGAAGUGGUAGUUGAGAGCCCACUGCCCCAGGCUAGUACAGCCCCUGUGCCUGAGGGGACCUGGCCUUCCCACAGGAGCUCUCUAGAGUUUACCUCAUGGGAAGACUUCGGCCAGGGCUCUCAGGUCUCCCUGGUACAGAUCAAGGACCUCUCAGGCGAUGCAGAGGCAGCUGACACUCUGUCCUUGGACAUCUCUGAGGUGGAGCCAGCUUACCUCAAUCUCUCUGACCUAUAUGACAUCAAGUACCUCCCAUUUGAGUUCAUGAUCUUCAGGAAGGUCCCCAAGCCACCUGUGGAGAAGGAGCCACCCUCCACUCCAGUAGAGGCCCAUGAGGGGCUGGCUGAGCUCCCAGAGGCAGCAUGGCCCUGGAUGAGCGAGCUGGGCCCCACUGCCAGCUUGGCUCCCCGCCCUCAAGUUGGCCUACAGAUCACCGAGGAGGAGCCAGAGGACAUGGAGGCCCUGCUAGGGGAGGCCGCCCUGAGCCGGAAACGGAAGGCAUCACCCUCCUCACGAGGCCUCUUCCAGCUCUCUGGGGGGUGCCUGCCACUGGAGGAGCCCAUGGAGCUCAGCCUACGCAAGAGGGUGAAAGCCUCAGUGGCCCACAUCUCCCGGAUCCUGACUGGCAGGGUAGAAGAUCCAGAGAAGGAGGGCCUUUCCAGGAAGAAGUCGGGCCUGGCUUCUUUCCGGCUGAAGAGCAAGGACCAAGCCCCAUCAUUCCUAAAGGAGCUGUCAGAUGAGACAGUGAUCCUGGGUCAGUCCGUGACGCUUGCCUGCCAGGUGUCAGCCCAGCCUGUUGCACAGGCGACCUGGAGUAAAGAUGGCGUGCUUCUGGAGGGCAGCAGCCGACUUCUCAUCUCCUCCACUCUCAAGAACUUCCAGUUUUUGACCAUCCUGGUGGUGACUGCCGAGGACCUGGGCGUGUACACUUGCAGUGUGAGCAAUGCGUUGGGCACGGCAGUCACCACAGGGGUGCUCCGGAAAGCAGAACUCCCCUUGUCCUCCCCACGCCCGGACAUUGGUGAGGUAUAUGCGGAUGGGGUGCUGCUGGUCUGGAAACCUGUGGAGGCAUGUGGCCCUGUCACCUACAUUGUGCAAUGCUGCCUGGAAGGUGGUAGCUGGAGCACUCUGGCCUCCGACAUCUUUGACUGCUGCUAUCUAACCAGCAGGCUUCCACGGGCUGGCACAUAUGCUUUCCGGACGGCCUGCGUCAGCAAGGCAGGCAUGGGCCCCUACAGCAGCCCCUCUGAGCAGGUCCAUCUCGGAGGGCCCAGCCACAUGGCCUCUGAGGAGGAGAGUGGCCACACACUGCCAGCCCAGCCCCUCUCAAGCACACAGACCUUCGCCUUCCAGAUGCAGAUCCGGAGGGGUCGCUUCAGUGUGGUGCGGCAGUGCCGGGAGAAGGCCAGCGGGCGUGCUCUGGCAGCCAAGAUCAUCCCCUACCGCGUGGAGGAUAAGACAGCUGUGCUGGGCGAAUACAAGGCCCUCAAGGGCCUGCGCCAUCCACACCUAGUCCAGCUACAUGGUGCCUACCUCAGCCCAAGGCACCUGGUACUCAUCCUGGAGCUGUGUUCUGGACCAGAGCUGCUCCCUUGCCUGGCUGAGAGGCCCUCCUACUCUGAAUCAGAGGUGAAGGACUACCUGUGGCAGAUGCUGAGCGCUGCCCAGUACCUGCACUCCCAGCACAUCCUGCACCUGGACCUCAGGUCCGAGAACUUGAUUGUCACAGAGUACAACCUGCUUAAAGUCCUUGACUUUGGCAAUGCCCAGAGCCUUGCCCAGGAGAAAGUCCUGCCAUCGGAGAACUUCAAGGAUUACAUGGAGACCAUGGAGCUACUGGAAGGACAGGGUGCAGUCCCACAGACGGACGUCUGGGCCAUCGGAGUGACAGCAUUCAUCAUGCUAAGCGCCGAGUACCCCGUGAGCAGCGAAGGGGCACGAGACCUGCAGAAAGGCCUGCGCAAGGGGCUCAUCCGGCUGAGCCGCUGCUAUGCAGGGCUGUCAGGAGGCGCUGUGGCUUUCCUCCGGAGUACGCUAUGCACCCAUCCCUGGGGCCGGCCCAGUGCAUCCAGCUGCCUGCACUGUCCUUGGCUGACUGAGGAGGGCCCGGCGGGUUCCAGGCCGGCAGCUGUGACCUUCCCCACUGCACGCCUGCGCGGCUUUGUGCGUGAGCGGGAGAAGAGGCGGGCGGUGCUGUACAAGAAGUACAACCUGGCACAGGUGCGCUGA